AUGGCCCCUUGCUGGCUGGAGAAGCAUCUGCUGAAAGAUUUGGAGCAGAAGAAGGUGGCUACUCCGAACCAGACCAACUGUAAUACAGAGUCACCAGCCUCCCUGGAGGAGGCCAAGACCCGUGGUGCUCCUGGGAGCCCCCAAAGCCCCCAGCCUCCCGACCCUGGUAGUUCCCUGCCCCUGACACCCCCGAAAGAGUGCCACUCAGAGGAAGAAGAUCCGACUGGGGCUGGCAGUGGCCUGGGCUGGAGCGGUAGGGGCUCCCGGACCCAGAGCGCAGGGGGCAGCUCUGCCGAAGCCCCGUUGGGCCGGAGGAAGCCCCGCAGGAGGCCUUCCAAGCGCAAACGCCACCGGCGGCCCUACCUGGAGCUGAGCUGGGCCGAGAAGCAGCGGCGGGAUGAGAGGCAGAGCCGGAGGGCCUCGCGGGUCCGCGAGGAGAUGUUUGCCAAAGGCCAGCCCGUGGCGCCCUACAACACCACCCAGUUUCUGAUGAACGACCGCGCCCCUGAGGAGCCCAACCUGGAAGUGCCCCCCGGGGGCUACCCCCCGGGCUCCAGCGGGGAGGGCGAUGGGCGCUGCCGGGCUCCCAGCGAGUUCCAGCAGACGGAUUUCUCCGAGGCCUUCGAGCGCUACCACACGGAGAGCCUGCAGGGCCGCAGCCAGCAGGAGCUGGGUCGGGACUACCUGGACCCGGAAAGGCGGCUGUCGCAGGCCGAGGAGGAGGAGACCCGGAGGCUGCAGCAGCUGCGGGGGUGCGCCGGCCGGCAGCCCCACCGCCGGGCGGAGGAGCUGACUGCUGAGGUCGAGAGGCUCCGGACCGAGAACCAGCGCCUGCGGCAGGAGAACGCCCUGUGGAACCGAGGCGGCGGCCCCUAA